GCCCGAAACAGUUGAACGCCACGGACCUUGUAGUCCUUUAAUUCUUGAAUUACUCGAAGCGGAAUGCCCUUACUUCCGCUCUGAACGCAGGGGGUGUGUUCGCGCCCCCCCCCCCCCCCCCACACGCCGUCCCCUCCCACCCCCUGCUUUUGUUGUUGGGUUUUGUUGUUGUUGUUGUUGUCGUCUCCUCGUCCCUGACCCUGAUUUAUUCUCUCGGGCGCUGCCGCCCGACGGUUGGUCCGCCGCGCGCAUGCAGCGGAAUGGCUCGAGCGGCUCCAACGGUUCUGACAGCUGCGGCGGCGGGAGGGGCCGCCAAGCGCUGUCCUUCAGCCCGCUGCCCGCCGCCGCCGCCGCCGCCGCCACCACCACGCGGGUCCGGCGCUUCGUCCAGGAGCGGCGGGCGCUGCCGCUACCCAGGGUGAUGGUGGUGUUCUCGGGCGCGAGCGACACCGAGAAACCGGGCGAUGCCAUGUCAAGUUCGGACUCCGCCGCGGAGGAUGACUUCCGAAAGCCGGCCUCCCCGGCGCCGAGCUUCGCCCUCAGCAAGCCGCUCCGCUCGUCGCUCAACACCCCGGAGCCGGAGUUUCCAGAGGUCAUCUCUCUGAACGUUGGGGGUACGUUCUUCACCACCCGCCUGUCCACCCUGCGGCGAUACGAGGACACGAUGUUAGCCGCCAUGUUCAGCGGGCGUCAUUACAUCCCACGUGAUGCUGAGGGACGCUACUUCAUCGAUCGGGAUGGAACAUAUUUUGCGGACAUCCUGAACUUCCUGCGAGAGGGCGAGCUUCCUCACAGGGACCGCGUGCGAGCGGUGCACAGAGAGGCUCAGUUCUACUCCAUCGGCCCGCUGCUGGACAGCCUGGAGGACACGCAGCCGCUCACCGGGGAGAAAGUCCGGCAGGCCUUCCUCGACCUGAUGCCCUACUACAGAGACAAUCUGGAGCGCAUCGUGGAGAUCGCCAAGCUGAGGGCCAUGCAGAAGAAGGCGCGGUUCGCCAAGCUGAAGAUCUGCGUCUACAAGGAGGAGAUGCCCAUCACGCCGUACGAGCGGCCUCUGUUUAACUCUCUGCGCUUCGAGCGCUCGGACAGCGAGGCCAAGCUCUUUGAGCACCACUGCGAGGUGGACGUCUCCUUCGGACCGUGGGAGGCCGUGGCGGACGUCUACGACCUGCUGCACUGCAUCGUCAGCGACCUGGCCGAGCGCGGCAUCACCGCCGAGCAGCAGUGCAUCGGCGUCUGCGACAAGCACCUGAUCAACCAUUACUACUGCAAGAGGCCCAUCUACGAGUUCAAGAUCACGUGGUGGUGAGGGGCCGGGGGGGGGGGGGGGGGAGGGGGUGGGCAGCCGAUGGGACCAAAAUGCCAGAGAACGGGGGUUCCCUUUUUACUACAACUAGACCGAUAUUGGUUUUUGUAUUGAAGUUGCCAAUAUUUUGUGCUGAUGUCUUAAAAUGUGACCCUUUAAAUCACGCUUUGACAUUUUAUUUUAGAAAUGAAAAACACUAAUUAAACUCAGUUGCUAGUUUAUCGAGGCCGCCUACAAUGCAGUCUUAACACAACAGUCCUGUAUUAAAUCUUUCAUUUAAAACUUAAUGAAGUGGGAUUUAUUGCAGCACUGUUUUGAACUUCUUUAGUUUAACUUAAGUCUGUCUCAUUUCCUGGUAACUGAGGGUUUAUACCAAAGCAACACUACUACUUUUAAGAGUAACACAGCACCACUUUAGUCCUGUUUUUGUUGACCUGCAUUGAUUUAACUCGUCGCCUUGAUGCAGUGAUGUAAACGUGUGAAAUCACUCUCGGUAAAGAUGUGUCAAAAACUCACUUCCGGCUCACGAGGAAGAGGUGAAACAUGUCGACAUUCAAACAUGAAAAGGGAAAACAAACCUACUGUUUGGUGUACCACAAAGGUACUAUUUAAAGUUACACCUUAAGCUAAAUGCUUAACUCUACUCUCCUUUGGCUCUCUGCGGUCUAUUGAACAGCGUUUAGGAGAGCCGAGCGCUGAUCAAUAAAACCUUUCACCUCCAGAAACGUCCCGCACAGCAUAAUCAGAGUUUUGUAUCCAACGGAAACACAAACAAAACUAUUUUUGCUAUGAUAUUGCUGAACAAAGCAUUUUUAGAUUACCCUCAGAAAUGCUUCGGAUGAAGCUGCACAGGAGUUUCUUUUGCUGUCUUUUAGACGGAUGCUGUUAAAGUCUGUUUGCACUGAUAUGUUUACAUUUUUUCAUUCACGUCAUUUGAUAAAACCCCUUUUCUGGGACGAGGUGAGCUGCAUAAAGACUUCAGGCUGCUUUUGUGGGAACUAUUCCUUCAAGUUACUAUUCAAAGGUCUAACCUUAAAUCAGGAUAUUAUUGGUAGGUUUCGGUCCGGCACAUUCUCUGUUGUUACAUGCAAGUUAAAGAAAAGUGAACUAAAGUUGCUUCAUGUUGCAGCGUUGGUUGAAUGGGGCCCGAUAAUCAGCUUCUUUUCACAACUUUAUAUCAAUCUUUAUACACUUCAAAUGCAAAAACGUGCAGGUGUAAAAACUACAAAUACUGUUUGUUGGGGUUCUUUGGAUGAACAUUUACGGUUGUAGACACAAUGACGAUGUAUUGAAGCCUCAAAAAACUGAAGCCUGAGAUGACGCAUCAGACUUUGGUCGCACGACUGUUUAUUUCAUUUAAAAGUUCAUCUUUGACGUUGGCCUAACUUUAUUAUUAUUUUUGAUUUAUUUUUCUUACUUAGUUUUUCCCUUAGCUGAAUUUGUACGUGAUCGAGUUCAGAACCGCCUCAUAUUUCCUCAGUGAGUAAAUUACACUAGUUAAUAUUGAAUAUUGUAAGUAAGUAUGAAGUCAAAUCUUUAUUUUUUAGGAAUAAGUUUUGUUUCAGGAUGCAAAUGAAGUGUUUAAUCUGCUCCUUUUUGGAUUAACAGAGUAUAUUUUAAUUAUGCAACCUCCUGAGGAGCUUGUUUUUAAAGAUGUGAGAAAUGUUGGGGUUGUAUCCAUGUUGUCGCUCUUCACAUUUUACUCAAAGUUGCCGGGGAUUGAAGGUAGCUGAAGAUUUUGCACACAAAGUAAAUAUUGCUGAUGAAAUGCAGCCAUUUACACUUUCUUCUAUUGUUUCCAAGUUAAAUAAUGUAUAUAUAAUAUUUAGUAGCUAUCAAUAGUUAUUGCUCUUUAUUGUCAACCUCAUUCCACCUUUUAAGUUAAGUAAAAUGUUCUUCCCUGUACCUGAUAGUGAAGUGAAGGCACUCUGUGAUUGUAACCAAUAUGUGAUUUUAUUUUGUGAAAGAAUCUGAUAAACAACAAUAGAAAGCAACAGUACGGUACAUUUAUAACAUGCUUAUUCUAACACAUACGAGCGGGAGAGAUGCAACACUGCUAAUCUUUGUUUACACUGUUAUGUUUGCAGUAUCUGCGUAUUGUUAUUUAUCUCCUUCUGUUAGCUUCUAGGAAGCUCUUGUUCCAUUGUAUUAUUUGGGUUUAGUUAGUUUGCAAAGAAAAGUAAAUGGUAUUUUUAUUUUUCAUGGUUAGUAAAAACAAACUGUGAAAUGCUU